CGCUGGCUCCUAACUUUUGCUUUGGGGUUGUCAAAGGAUUCACAUGACUUUCACUCUGAUCUUUCAUAACACAGAGAAAAAGAAGGAAAAAAAAAAAAAAGGAGAAAAAUAGAGAAGAAUCAAGACCCCACCUCGAAAAUGACCUUCCCUUUUCUUUAAAUCACUGUUCUUGUUGUUGUUUGUGGUCUUUCUCUUUCCUUUUCCAUACUUUCCUGUUCAUCAACUUCUUUUCAGAUUCCUAUUACCGUCUUAGAUUGCAAGAAAUUAGUAUAUUAUUAAAUAUAUAGAUACUUAAUAGUAAAAUUAAGCUGCUUUUCUUCUCUGAUUAUAAGAGUUUUUCUUUGUCAUCAUGGACCUUUCCACCACCAAGAGAAGAGCUUUGCUUAAGGUCAUUGUUCUGGGUGAUAGUGGGGUGGGAAAGACCUCCUUGAUGAAUCAAUAUGUAUAUAAGAAAUUUAGCCAACAGUAUAAAGCUACAAUUGGUGCUGAUUUUGUCACCAAGGAACUACAGGUUGAUGAUAACCUGGUGACCCUGCAAAUAUGGGAUACAGCAGGUCAGGAGAGAUUUCAGAGUUUAGGAGCAGCAUUUUACAGAGGAGCAGAUUGCUGUGUUCUUGUGUAUGAUGUGAAUGUUCUUAAAUCAUUUGAAACACUUAACAAUUGGCAUGAAGAGUUCCUCAAACAGGCAGAUCCAGUCCAUCCUGAUGAGUUACCUUUUAUAUUACUUGGAAACAAGAUCGAUUUAGAUGGCGGAAACAGCCGAGUGGUUUCAGAGAAAAAAGCUGCAGACUGGUGUGCUUCCAAGGGAAACAUACCUUACUUUGAGACCUCAGCAAAAGAGAAUUAUAAUGUGGAUGAAGCAUUUCUAUGCGUUGCAAGAACUGCACUAGCUACUGAACAUGAACAUGACAUUUCCUGCAGAUACUUCCAGGGUAUAUCAGAAACUGUAUCAGAAGUUGAACAAAGAGGAGGAUGUGCAUGCUGAGAAAGGAUCAAAUAUACAUAUAAAAGCAUCAAAUUAAAUUCCAAUUUUCUCAUUGAUUUGAUUCUUUUAUUAUUUUUGGAUUAAGAUUUCUAACUGGCAAUUGGGAGCUGUUUUAAGAUCGAACUGAUUGUUUAAUUUGUAAUUCUUGAAAGGAGAGAAUCAAAUUCAAGUGAGAAUAAAUCUGCAUUAAUAAUCCAAUAAUUAUCUGUAUGAAUUUAUAUAUUUAUGAUGAACUCUAGCUUCACUA